AUGCAUGGCAGAGAGAGGUCCAGCGGGUUCCUGACCGAGUAUGUUUACUCCGUGCAUCGGAGUCAGCACAGCAUCGUCCCCGGGUUCUCACUUUCGCACGAGGACUCCAGGUCACUAGGCAUCAAGGAACAAGUCUUAGACCCCGCGCCCUCCGGAGGGCUGGCGCAGGGGCGAGGCUGCGACCCCCGACCUCUGGAAAUAGACCGCGUGCCCCUGGGGACGUCCGUCGACUCGGAGGCUCUGAAGACGACCCGCGACUCGCUCGCGGCUCGGCUGGAUGCCGGCAUGUCCGGGGAGAUGCUGCCGCAGGCGGGCUCGGCGCCGUGCGGGGUCUGCCUCCGCCCCAUCCGCGACCGCUACGUCAUGCGCGUGGCCAACGCCUCGUACCACGAGCGCUGCCUGCGCUGCUUCGCGUGCGGCGGCCGCCUGGCGCACACCUGCUUCGCGCGAGACUCCAAGCUCUACUGCCGCCUCGACUACGACAGGCUGUACGUGAAGAAGUGCCUGGGCUGCGCGGAGCGCGUGGCUCCCGAGGAGCUGGUGAUGCGCGCGCUCGACAGCGUGUUCCACCUGCGCUGCUUCGUGUGCGUGGUGUGCGGGGCGCGCCUCCAGAAAGGCGACCAGUUCGUCGUGAAGCAGGGCCAGCUCUUCUGCCGCCCCGACUACGAGAAGGAGGUCGAGAUGCUGCAGGGGUACGCCCAAGGUACACGGUGUGACUUCCCCUGCGACGAGCUGGUGCCGGCGGCCAGGGCCCAGGACGGCCGCCGCGGUCCCAAGCGGCCGCGCACCAUCCUCACCACGCAGCAGCGGCGCGCCUUCAAGGCCUCCUUCGAGGUCAGCCCGAAGCCGUGCCGCAAGGUGCGCGAGGCGCUGGCCAAGGAGACCGGCCUCAGCGUGCGCAUCGUGCAGGUAUGGUUUCAAAAUCAACGUGCCAAGAUGAAGAAGAUACAGAAAAAAGCGAGACAAGAGAAAGGAAAUGGCAAGGAUGAUGACAUUGGUGACGAGAAAUGUCAGAAGACAAAAAUAAAAGAAGAGGAACAAAGCCCGGUGGCGGCGGCGCCGUUCCUGAACGACAGCUGCAGCGACACGGAGGCGGGCGGCCACUCGGCGGCGGCGGAGGCGGCGCUGCGGGGCUUCGUGCCGGUGAAGCAGGAGCUGCUGGACGCCGACGAGCGCGUGUUCUACAAGGCCUUCAAGGCCGAGCCGGGCGAGCCGGCGCCGCGCCACGACUACCUCGCCGCGCCGGGUCGAGGCAGCGGACCCGACAAGGGUGACGGCGGGUUCCUCAGCUUCCAGUACUCCAGCGGACCUGGCCUGGAGGCGGCGCACGCCCAUCUCCACCACCACCACCACAUGUUCCUUCACCAGCACCAGCCACCAGCCCUCGGGCUCAACCCCAUCGACCGCCUGUACUCCAUGCAGACGUCGUACUUCUGCGGCGAGGAGGCGGCCCUGGUCGACCAGUAG